UGUGCGGUGUAUAUAAGCCGCACAGAAACCCCACAGUGGCAUCAGUCAUUGCCUGCUCCACCCGUAACAGCUUCAGCAGCAGCAAUGAGGAUCCUGGUGUGCGUGUUCCUGUUCGGACUGGCUCUGGCCGAGGAGAAGCAGGUAGAGAAACGGGGAGUGAUUGGCUCCCUGGGUAGCUACGGCGGAGGCGCUUCUAUCGGUGGGGGAUACGGGGGCGGCUAUGGGGGCGGCUUUGGUGGCGGUUAUGGAGGCGGCUAUGGAGGCGGCUAUGGAGGUGGCAUCAGCUCUGCGGUUGGUGGAGCUCAAGUGACCAACAUCGCCAUCACCAAGCAGGUGCCCAUCCCGUACCCAGUACCAGUGCAGCGUACUGUCCCAGUACCAGUCAGGGUUCCUGUCACGGUGCCAGUCAACAGGCCGGUACCGGUGCCCGUCCCACAGCCGUACCCUGUCCCCGUGCAGAGGCCGGUCCCAGUACCCGUGACCGUCCCUAGCCCAGUCCCUGUACCAGUACCACAGCCCGUCGUCGUCAACCAGCCGGUACCUGUCGUCGUGGGAGGCGGAGCUGGUGUCGGCGGAGGUCUCGGAGGCGGCUACGGCGGCGGCAUUGGUGGAGGCUACGGUGGAGGCUACGGAGGAGCCAUCGGCGGUGGCUACAGCGGCGGUGGCUACAGCGGUGGCUAUGGAGGUGGCUACUCUGGAGGCAUCGCUGGAGGCUAUGGAGGCUACGGGAAAUACAGCCACGUGUGCGUGCUUGUCCUUGGAGUGGCCUUAGCCGAAGAGAAGAAGACAGAGAAGCGAGGGCUGGAUGCAUCCCUCGGUAGCUACAGUGGGGGUUAUGGGGCCAGCUACGGCAGUGGAGGUGGCUACGGAGGCGACAUUGGAGUAGGUUACAGCAGCAGCUACGGUGGUGGAUUUGGAGGCGGCCUCGUUGGCGAGUCCGUCGGUCCUCAGGUAUCCACAGUAACAAUCCCCAGAGAGGUUCCCGUGCCGUACCCUGUGCCUGUGGAGAAAACCGUCCCAGUCGCGGUACAGGUACCUGUCACCAUUCCUGUAGAGAGACCAGUCCCGGUGCCCGUUUCGCAGCCUUACCCUGUCCCUGUGGAGAGGCCCGUCCCCGUUCCCGUAGGCGUUCCUAGGCCAGUCCCUGUGCCCGUUCCUCAGCCGGUGGUCGUGAGCCAGCCAGUCCCCGUUGUGGUCAGCGCUGGAUCCAUUGGCGGUGGCGUCGCAGGUGGCAUCGGAGGAGGCCUCGGUGGUGGGCUUGCUGGAGGCUAUGGCAGCUACAGUGGGGCCUUCAGUACAGGCUAUGGCGGAGGCAUCGGUGGGGGCUACGGAGGUUACGGAUCUUAUGAGAAAUUCAGCCACUGAUGCCUGAAGCUGAACCCAUCAUCUUCAUCCAACACACGACAUCACAGAUUUAUAGGUAUCAUUUUUAUAAUUAACUGUGCACAAAAAUAAACUUUUUUGUGAAACAUAA